AUGAUGUCUCAAAAGUCUACUUGCCCAGUUCUACCGUCCCUACUUUCCGUUCCCUGCCAUGCAGCGUGGGCCUCUCUGGCAGCAGAUCAGUUUGCCGCCCGCCCACAUUUGAAUUUGGACGCAUCUCAAAAGUCUACUCUCGCAUCCUUGUCUGUAUGCCCUAUGUUCCGUUCCUUUGCAUGCAGCAUGGGCAUCAUUGGCAGCAGAUCAGUUUGCCGCCCACAUUCUCACCAUCCCACUGCUGACGUGGCGCCUGCCAUCCCCCCUCCUCCCUGCCCUGCGCCAUCUGUCAGCUCUCCAGCCCUGCCUUAUCUCCUGCCUGGUACGAUCAUUCUCUCUUCUCUUCCUUUCUACCUCAACUUAACUUCUGGCCUUGCCCACUAUGCCUCUCUUUCCCCUCCUCCCUUCCCUGCGCUAUCUGUCAGCGCUCCAACCGUGCCUUAUCUCCUGCCUGGUACGACCCUUCUCUCCUCUCCUCUUUUCUACAUGAACCUUCGGCCUUGCCCACUAAAUCUCUUUCUCCCCUCCUCCCUUCCCUGCGCUAUCUGUCACCGCUCCAACCGUGCCUCCUCUCCUGCCUGUGCUCCAGCCGUGCCUCCUCACCUAUCUGGUGUAAUCAUUUUCUCCGUUGCCCCAACCCUUCUUCUUUGCUGCCUGCCCCUCCAUUGCCCCUCCGAUUCUCUUCCGCUCUGUGCCUUUCCCCUCCUAUCCCCUCGUGCUGCGCAAGGCUCCUUCCCCCCACCCCUCGCGACCCGACCCAUACCACCGACUCACCUCCCAUCUCCCCCCUCCCGGCUGGCUCCUUCCCCCCACCCCUCGCCACCAGACCCAUACCACCGGCUCACCUCCCAUCUCCCCCCUCCCGCCUGGGCUCUAGCAAACGUCUCUGCUCUCGCCACCGGCCCCCCUUCCCUCUCCUCCUCCCCCUCUCCAUCCUCCUCCCCUUCCCCCUCUCCACCCUCUCCUCCUCCUCCUCCCUCUCCCUCACUCUCCUCUGAGCUGUUCCUACCCGGUCUGGACUUGCCACUCUAUGUCCACGCCCUCUGCGCCCUAGCUGCUGCUGUGAUAGCCCAUGAGGAGAAAGAGGCGUAUGCGGAGAGUGAGGGGAUGCAGAGUGGUUUGCAAGGGGUACAGAGUGGUUCCAAGGGAAUACAGGCGGCUGCUGCUGGCGGUGCUGGUGCUACUCGUUCUGCUGCUGCUGGUACUGCUGGUGGUGGUUCUGCUGCUGGUGGUACUGCUGGUGGUGGUGGUGGGAGGGCAAGAGAGGGAUCUAGCAGGAGGGGAAACAGAGGGAGGAGGGAAGGGAGCAGGCAAGGGGGAGGGGGAGGGGGAGUGGCUGGUUCGUUUCAGCUGCCCCAGUUUUCGGGCAGCUGGUUUCCAAGGUCGUUUUUGGACGGGUAUGGGGGAGGUGGGGAGGGAGGGGAGGAAAGGGCGGAGGAGGAGGAUGAGUGGGGGAACCCACAUGGAGGAGGAGGUGGAAGAGGUGGAAGGGGAGGAGAAGGGGUAGGAAGAGAUAGAACGGGCGUUGACCACAUGCAGACAGAUUCUGCCGGCCAGGGAAGGCCGCCCGGGAGUGCGGGUGAUGAUGAUGCUGCCCUGGCUGCAUUCAUUGGUGGGCGGCAGGCUGGUCAAUCAAGUCAACCAGGGUCAACGGCAGCACAGCGGUGGUCCACCUUUCUCUCCUCCACGUUCCAGAGACGCGCAGCAGAAGCACAGAGAGGGAGCAGAGGAAGAGGAGGGGGAGAGGGAGGCGGGAGGACGUUUUGGGAGACCCAGACAGGUGACUAUAUGGAAGAGGAUAUUGACGAGGGGGAAGAGGAGGAGGAGGGGGAGGGAACCGGGGGAUUCGAGGGAAGAGAAGGAGGAGAGGGAGGAGGAGGAGGAGGAGGGGAGCGGUGGGAUGUGGAGAGUAUGAAGAAGGGGGUGGCAGGGGUGGCGGCUGACGUGGCAGUGGUAAUGACGGUGUUCUGCAGGGCGUAUGCCCACCUGCUGCUCGUGCUGGAUGAUGAGGAGUUCUACCAGAGACAGGUGGGUGCUGUGCGGUUGGGGGCGUAUGCCCACCUGCUGCUCGUGCUGGAUGAUGAGGAGUUUUACCAGAGACAGGUGGGUGCUGUGCGGUGCUGCACAGUGGGGUGGUGGGUCCUGUGCGGUGCUGUACGGUGGGGUGCGGUGGGGUGCGGUGCUGUGUGGUGGGGUGGUUUGGCUUACCUUGUCCCUCAGAUCCCUUUCUCUUUUAGAGCAGCAGGUCAUUUCAGCCAUACACAACAACACCCUUGCCUGCAACAUGCAAAAAUCAUCUUCUCCUCCUUUCUCUAUACCCACUCCCUUGCCUGUCAGCACCCUAGUCUACAGCACCCUCAUCUCCUCCCACUUGUCUGCCUGCCCCUGCCCCUCUUCCCUCCGUAUCCCUCCUCUUCCUUGUCCCGUGUUCCCCUCUUCCCUCAGAUCCCCUUCUCUCUUUCCGAGCAAAGAGUCAUCGCAGCAACACUCAACACUCUCGUUUACAACACACUCAUCUCCUCCCCCUCCUCCUCCUCCCCGUCCCCCUCCUCUUCCUCAUCCGCCUCCGCCUCUUCCCCGCUCACCCCUUCGCAAUCCGCUCUCCUAGAAGCCGCCACUCGCUGCCUCCUCCCUCUGCACGACCGCGACUGCAGACGAGCCUUCUGCGAGCCUUCCCUCUGGUUGGCCCCGGCUGAUCGCCGCCCACCGCCUGUGAUCUCGGCAGCAGGCGCAGCCAGACACCAUGGCGUGGGGGGCGAGGGGGGAGGAGGGAUGGGCGCAAUGAUGGGGGGAGGGGAGGAGGACUGGGAGAUGGGGGAGUGGAUGGGGGAACUAGGCAUGGGCGGUGGGGCAGGAGGCGGAGGAGGGGAACUCGGAGGAGAGGGGGGGGUGAUGUUGGCGGGAGGAGGGAGAGGGAGAGGAGGCGCGGAGAAGGGGAAGGAGCAGCAGAGUGGGUCUGCGAUGGCUGCAGUGCUGCGCACGCUACCCCACGUGCUGCCGUUUGAAAAGAGGGUGCACAUAUUCCGGGAGCUGAUUCAAGCAGACAAGGCACGGCAUGGAUUAGGGGCUACCCCCGGGAUGGGCAUGGUGCGACCCGUGGUGGACGUGUCAGUGCGGCGGGAUUUGCUAGUGGAGGAUGCGUUCGUGCGCCUCAACCAACUCGGACCGAUGCUCAAGGGCCGUGUGCGCGUCUCAUUUGUGAAUGCAUUUGGAGCGGAGGAGAUAGGAAUGGACCAGGGCGGACUCUUUAAAGAGUUCCUCACUGACCUCGCUAAAGCAGCCUUCGACCCGGGCUACGGUCUGUUCCUCCAGGCGGCCACAGAAGAGGGUUACCUGUAUCCACACCCGGCAGCUGCGGCGCUGGGCCACGGCAUUCCCAUGGUGGAGUUUCUCGGCCGCAUCGUGGGCAAGGCUCUCUACGAGGGGAUUCUGCUUGAGUACAGCUUCGCCCCGCUCUUUGUGUCGAAGCUCGUGGGGAGAUACGCCUUUUUGGACGAGCUGUCUUCUCUCGAUAUGGAGCUGUAUCGCAACCUCAUGUAUUUGAAGCACUAUGAGGGGGAUGCCUCUGAACUGUCAUUGGACUUCACAGUGACUGAGGAGGUGCUGGGAGAGCACAAUAUCGUGGAGCUGCGGCCGGGCGGCAGCCACAUCGUAGUGACCAAUGAGAACAAGCUGCAGUAUAUCCAUGCUGUGGCUGAUUACAAGCUCAACCGUCAGAUGGCAGCAGUGGUGGCGGCGUUUCUGAGGGGCCUCUCAGAUUUGAUUCAGCCCGAGUGGCUGCGGCUGUUCAGCCCAAAGGAGUUCAACCAGCUGCUGUCGGGAGGAGAGCAGGAUGUGGACGUGGAGGAUCUCAAGGCACACACGCGGUACUCGGGGGGAUACACGGAGAGUGACCGAACAAUCAAGAUGUUCUGGGAGGUGGUGAAGGAGCUCUCAAGGGAGGAGAAGAGCCAGCUGCUCAAAUUCGUCACCAGCUGCUCACGACCCCCGCUGUUGGGGUUCAAGCACCUCAACCCGCCCCUCACUAUCCACAAGGUCAACGUGGACGCGUCCAUGUGGGCUACACUGGGAGGGCCUGAUGUGGACUGGCUUCCCACCGCUUCCACCUGCUACAACUUGCUCAAGCUGCCCACCUACCAACGAGCCAGCACAUUGCGGGAUAAGCUCAAGUACGCCAUCUCUUCUGGAACCGGCUUUGAGUUGUCAUAA